GCAGCUCAAGGCAGGAGAUGAAAAAUAAAAAGCAGGAACCUUCCAUAUGUACUAUAUGUGACCCAGAACUUAAUUCAGGACUCGAGGAUACAAUUCUAGAGAGUCUGCCUUCUAUUCGUCGGUGGCCGUAUGACUGGGGUUUCGUAUCCUUGGAUGCUAGAAGAGAUAAGUUUAGGUCUCGUGGUUACCCCUUACCAGUUUUGGAGGACAAUGGCAAGCGUCUGCGUUAUAGUUUUGAGGAGGAAUUUAGUGAAGAUAUCUGGAACAAAGUCACGAAAAGAGCAGCUUCAAAUAUGUCUCGAGUUGUUGUAGCACUUGCUUCAUUCAGAGGAGAAGCGAGGCUUUUUGCUUGCACAGGUGUAUUCAUAGACUGCAAUCGGUUCACCACAAGAGUUCUGACCUCAGGAAAUUUGAUUAGAAGUAAUGACGAUGAAAGCAAGGUUGCUGAUAACUUAAAGAUUGAAGUGCACCUUCCAGAUAAGCGACAUGUCCCAGGGAUGUUGCAACAUUACGAUCUGCAUUAUAAUGUCGCCGUCAUCAUCAUAAAUAAAUUUCGCUGUACUCGGACAGCAAUUAUUGACAAUAAGGUGAAAACUGGCACUCAUUCGGAGGUAUUAGCCAUAGGGCGUGUCUAUGAAUCAGGAAAAUUAAUGGCUGCAAGUGGGGUAGUGAUCAACAAAGAAAAUGAACUUGACUGUAAAGAUCUUAGGAUCUCCACUUGUCAAAUCACAAAGGCUGGGAUUGGAGGCCCUCUUAUAGAUUCUAAUGCGAACUUUAUUGGGAUGAACUUCUAUGGCUUGGAAGAAACUCCCUACACACCACGGGAUACAAUUCUGAAACUCUUGGAGAAUUUUGAUGCAGAAGG